AUGCUUGAAGGCUGGAGGUCGCUGAACAUCGCCGUCAUCGGUGGCGGUAUUGGUGGCCUCGCGGCAGCGACAUCUCUUCGCCGUGCGGGCCAUCAAGUGACCAUAUACGAACAAGCACACUAUGCCGGAGAGGUCGGCGCGUCAAUAAGCUGUGCCGCCAACGGCACACGGUGGCUUGAGGAAUGGAACGUCAACAUCUCCCUGGGCAAGACCGUGGUCCUGCAGAAACUGAUCCGACAUGACUGGAAGACCGGCGAUGUGAUAGCCGAAUACGAUCUGUCGGAUUACAAGGAUCAAUGGGGAUGGGUCUACAAUAUGUUCCACCGCGUCAAUAUGCACGAAAUGCUGAUGGACGCCGCCACCGGCCAAGGCGAGGGACCUCCCGCCCGACUUCGUCUCGACCACAAAUGCCGGUCCAUCGACCACGGACGCGGAAUCGUCACCUUCGACAACGGCGUCACGGCCCAUCACGAUAUGAUUGUCGGCGCCGACGGCAUUGGCAGCACCGUCCGCCGCACUCUGGGCAUCAUCCCCACGCGCAAGCAGUCCAGCUCAACGUGCUACCACUGCGUCAUCGAUUCGGAGGAAGUCAAGCGCCUCGGGCUCCUCGACUUGACGCCCAACUGCGCCAUCGAAUUCUGGGGCGGCGUCGGCAUUGAGAAGAUCGUCUACUCGCCCUGCCGCGCCGGCGAGAUCAACUCCUUCUACUGCUUCUUCCCGACCGAGAAGUCCGACCACGCAACCGAAGGCUGGAACCACGAGGCCAGCGUCGACCAACUGCUCGCCCCGUUUCCCGACCUCGACCCCCGGCUGUUGGCUCUGUUCAAGCACGCCAGAGAUAUCGGCCCCUGGCGAUUAUUCGUCCACGAGCCGUACACGCACUGGACCGCGGGCCGGACAUGUCUGCUCGGCGACGCCGCGCACCCCAUGCUGCCCGAUCAAAGCCAGGGCGCGUGUCAGGCCAUCGAAGACGCCGCUGCGCUGGGCCUGAUCUUCAGCCGACAGUACACCUACACGGCCGACGUGGCGGCGGGAUUGCGCCUGUACGAGCAGAUCCGCAAGCCUCGGGCGACGAAGGUCCAAGCCGCGAGCGCGCGGGCGAGGGAGAACAUCAACGAGCGGAUCGGCUUCUCGAGCCAAGGGAUCGGCUACAAGGCCGCGGUGGCAUCUGGCAAGCUCACGAUUGACGAGAUGAACCUGUACGACAUGCGACGGCACGUUGCGAGUGAGGCGGCACCGGAGCGGAUGAACGAUGCCAACGGCGAGUCAACCUAUGUGCCGCUGGUCACAUCCAUGUCCAACAUGCCGGAAAUUGCGGCCAGGAUGUAA